UCAGUUGCGAGUCGCAGCCACGGGCAGGCCGAAAUUACAUAAUGACUGUUGUCGCGGCGAUGAGUCAGAGUUACGUCCUCUGAUCUCCUGCUGCUCGCGUGUGUGCCUCUGGAAAGUCCCUGCUUUGUUUUCUGUACAUAUAUAAGUAGAGGGAGAUAGAAAUUCGCGGAUUGAUUGAUUCGGUGCGGGACAUCGACGAAGGUGCUGUAGUCUUAUAUAUUGGUAACAGUCGAGGCUCGUCUCUUUGCGGAGAAGGAGAUAUAAGAGUGAGGAUACGGGAGAGUACCUAAAUUUAUACAAGAAGAUUCUGCAUGGCUAUUUUACAAGUUGAAAGAAUCAUCAGCGCGUAGUAUUGUUUAUUGAUAUACAGGGAAUUUAUUUUUGGAAUACUAUUUCAGUCUAAGAGAAAGAGCUAGACCUCAACAUCCACACACAAGAAAUGCCUGCACCACCUCCACCACCUCCAAAUUUGCCAGAGGCACCAUCCUGCGAUAAAACAGAUAAUGAUGGUGAUAGUCUUCCACCAUGGGCAAAGAUUACACUGACUUCGGCAGAAGCAGAAAUAGAAAAAUUAAUAGCCAGAAAUGAACUGAAAGAUGCGGAGGUUACAUAUUUCUGUCAGGUGGAACCAAUUCUUCAAGACGGACCUCAAUGUGGUUUGGUUGCACUUGCAAUGGCCUCACAAGAAUACACCAAGCCAGUCUCUGUGGGACAACUCUUAGCAGAGGCUAGAGUUCGUGGAUUUACUCAGCACGGAGAAGUUUAUAGCGUAGACUUUAUGGGCACACUUGCAGCUGAACAUUUGCCAGAUCACAGGCCUGAUAUUCUUGUGGACUUGCAAACCUGUCCAGAUACUCUAACUCAUGCACUUGCACAUGGUGCCAUGAUUUUGAUCCCAUACGAUUCAGAUUUUAAUCAUGCUCCAUGCCUGAAACGUGGUCACAAAUCGCAUUGGGCAUUACUCGUUGGCCUUAUUUCUUCCAGACAAGGCUAUCACGUGCUGGCACGUCAUGGCAAAUCUCGACACUUGGCUUGCUGGCCAUUGCGUGACCUCCUCGAGAGCAACGGUAACCUAGAGGAGGAAGGCACAGCUCGACAUGCGGGUGGCUAUGUCAUACCAAAAGGCGGCGUGGGUGGUCAAAGAGGUCUUCGCGGUCGCGCCCUUGCUCUGCAUCCGUACGUCUGAAAGAUUGACUGCAGCAGGGCUGGACGUACGAGGUGAUUGCGCAUCAUCGAGGAUCUUCCAUUGAGAACGAUACACACCAUAAAUAUUUACCGCUGUUCGAAAAAUGGAUAUUUUUAUUGGUGCUGUAAACUGUUAUUAGGAGAAUUGGUCUGAUAUUUAUUUAUAUAGCUAUUUAUAUAUUUAUAAUUUAUUUAUUAUAUUUUAUCGUCUAGUUUUGAAAAAGUCUUGGCAAUUAAGCUUGGACGUAUUUUAAAAUUUUGGAACAAAGUCGAUGAGGUACAGAGAUUUAUUCUGUUCAUCUUUAAAUCAAGUAUUAAUAUGAUAUUAUUUACUUACGUAUUCAUUACAUCAAUUGUAUUUGAUCAAUUUAUUUACUUCGCGAUUUCGCAUUUAUAUGUAUGUAGCGUUUCAAACCAGUGUGCUUCGGAAAUAUGUAAGCCUCUGUCGUUUUCAAUGGAACUCUCUAAAUAGUUACGAGGGUAAGUAUUAGGGCAAUCGAUAUCACAGUGAAAGACGAAGGCUACUGAUAUUAGUCAUUUGGUAGUCUCAGUUACUUGAAUUUGAUAUUGUGAAAAAAAAAAAUCAAAUAACGAUAUAAAAAGCAUACUUUGCGUCUUUAUUUUCGUCGCAGUCUGCACAUGUAUAUAUAUAACGAAAAAAAUAAAAGACACUUUUGCGAAAACGCAAAUCUAUGCGAACUCUCGGCAGCUGCAAUGUAAAUAACCGUUGUACAUUUUUUAAUUGUUUCUUCUCCGCUGUCUCGCGGUUAUUCACCGUAACAUGAAUUAAUGAUUUCCUAAAUCGGUUCAAUGUCUGUCACUGUGAUACAUGAAAGAAAAAGAAACAAAAUAAUAUAACUAACUAAAGAAUAUAUAAUAUUACUUGCGAAGCAUCGUGGACGCGUUGACGCUUCGCCUUAUCGAUGAGACUAACGACAAUUGCGCGCAACAACCGUAUAUAAACGGUAAGGAUUAACAAAGACAGAGUUGAGUAAUUAAACGUAGUAGCUAGGGAUAAUUAAAGAAUUCGCGGUCGUUAUACUCUUUUUCCUAAAGAAAAAAUCAAUUAAGCAGCAUGUCAACGGAACACGUUUACCGUUACACGUAUAGAUAAAGCUAUAUUAUUUAUGUAUUUUAUUAUGAUUCUUUUGGUCAUAAUAUCUUUUGUUAUGUACGUUAAAGCGUUAUUUUCUUUUCUCUUUUUGCCAGGUGCAUAUUAUUUAUCCGUGAGAUAAGGUUGAAAAGGCUCAAAGUUUUAUAAGAAAACAAAUGUAGUUAUUACCACAAUUAGAAGGUAUUCGAGAUACGUUAUUACCGUGAAUUAUUUACGAUUUACAUCACUGUGCGCUUUUAAAUCUUAUAAUGAUAAAUAGAUGCUGUUUUUUUAAUAAAAAAUCGUUGGUCCUAAUAAACAUCAAACUGCGCUUCAUAUGCGAAUUGUUGAUGCAUACAGUUAAAAACGCGAGAUUGUUUGAAAUAUCUGCUUCGAAUUGUUAAAAGAAUCUUGCAUUUUUUAUCUCGAUUAGUUAUUUUAAUGAUACGUAAUGUAUAUUAUAUAGUCAAAGCAUUGUCAUUCAUUUUUAAAAUAUUUACCAAACGGCUUUAACCAAAUAAAAUCGAUGAAGAGACUUGAAAAUUUAUUGUAAUUUAUUAAGUGCCGUGAAAUAUGAUCAUUACAGAAAUGAAUGGCUCCAAAAAACUAAGUACGAACUUCGACCUUAUUCAUCGAACAUUAAAUAAAUGUGGCUCUUAAUAUGGAAA